CCGGCCACUGCCAAGGGCCCAAAGCAGGGCAUGGAGCCCGCCGGGGCGGCCUCCACAAUUGCCACCGAGACCCCAAUUGAGCGGGAGAUCCGUCAGAGCCAGGAGCGCGAGGCGAGUCUGCGACGGAGCCGGGGCUUGAGCCCUAGCUUCGCUGGUAGAGAGCUGGUGGAGUUGCGCCUCCGGCCCAUCCUUAGCCUGCUGCCGGGCCCGGGGCCUGGACUGCCCCGGGACGUGGAGCGCGCCCGGGCAGGCGCCCAGAUGCAGCGCGAAAUCGCGCGGGAGGCACGCCGGGAGGAGGCGCUGGUGCGCCUGGGCUCGGGGUCCUGCGAUGGCCAAGAGCGCGGCCAAGAGCGCGGCCAGGGGCCGCAGCCGCUUAGCGAGCGCAAGCUGGUCUUUGAGGCUGGGGGCGCGCAUCCUCAGUCCGUGGGCCGGGGCCCUUCGUUCACCGAGGCCAGUGGCGCCGCCCACGUGGUGGUUCUGGAGCAUCGCAGUCGGCUCCGGGCACCAUUUCUAGCGCAGGCUUUUACUCCUGCUCCCGUUCCAGCAACGGCUCCGGCCCGAAACCCAGCUCUAGCUGUCGCCCGGACUCCAGACCUAGCCCUAGCCGCGGCUUCAGCUCCGGCCCCACGUGCCCCGGUCCCAUCUUCAGCCUCUGCCUUGAGCGCCCCGAGCCCGGCUCUUGCCUCAGCAUCGGCCCCAGUUGCCCGGUCCCCGGUCCCGGUCCCGACUCUGACCCCGGCCCCUGAUCUAGCUUCGGCCCCGGCUUCCGCUACGACCCCAGCACCAACACGUCGAGUUCAGUCGUCGCUGCUGGAGCAGGAGGUCCGAGAAGUUCACCAGAGGGAGCGGGAGCUGCAGCGGCAGAGGCGCAGCAUCUAUGGGACAUCAGAGUUCAAGGAGCCGACCCCGAGUCUCACCGAGAGCACACCCUCUGGAAAGCUUUCGGUGGUGUGGCCCCCUCGACGGGAUUCUGAGAAUGGCCUAGAGCAGGAUUACCGUGAUAGUGCCUGUUCCCUUAAUCAAGGGAAGAAGAUCUUGAUCCACACGGGGGAGCCCCUCAGCCAGGAAGAGUAACUGGUCACCUGUCCCUCUCCCCUCAUUAACCUGGACUGGGGAGCCUUGUUACUCGCCCCUCCCCCACUUCCUCCCCUAACCCAGACUGGAAAUUCUGAUUGGUUAUAUACACACACAUCCCCACUAACCCGGGCUGGGGGCUCUGAUUGGUUACACCACCCCCUUUCCACUAACUCGGGCUGGGGGCUCCUGUUUGGCCACCUGUCCUCAAUGCUGUUGUGGCCCCCUAACCCAUCCAGGAGGGAGACAGAAUGCCUACCUCCCCUAUCCUCUCUGGAAAACUGACCAGGCCUCUGACUGUUACAUGUCUGGGGGAGAGGGAACCCUCCUCAACCUUCUCUGCUCACUGUGCCAUCAAUAAACACCCCUUCUUCCCA